AGAAGAAGGAAAGCCAUUCCAUCGUAUCUGUCAAGUGAAAAGGAGAAGAAGGUGGAGGCUGUAAAGAUAGAUGGCGUGACAUCAGCAACAGCUGGAGAAAUCGCUGAGCUGAGGCUUUGGUGUCACUGAAUGGUGAUCGAAGCUUUAUUGUAACCGGAAAGUCACUGCUUCAUUCAGUACCGACUCAUCAUGCCUCUCCACAACAGACAGUCCAGUAUUGAGAUGCUGGAGCUGCUGGGAGUGGUAAAAGAAAAUGGCAAUGAACAGCAAUCAUUUCCGCCUGUGCACACUCCACUCUCUUAUGACUACGUCCUGGUUGCCAAAACGAUUAAUAACCAGGAGAGAGAGUCUUUCAAGAAGCAAACUGAGUACAUCGAAGAGCUAAAAAAAAAGAACUUCAAAGUCACGAAAAUCAUAGAUGAUAAUCACGUCUUCUAUGGGAUUCAAGCGCCCAAGGAAAUCUUUGAGAAGUACAGGUAUCUGCUCAAGGUGUCCGAUGCCUGCAACUGGAGCUCAGAUCAGAGCGCAGUGUCUCUCAGUACGAGGAUACGGAUUGUCCACUUCAUCUUAGGUCACACCAGAAUUAGUUCAGGAGAAAAUCUACGGGAGCUCAUAAAGAUGAAGGUUUUUGAGACCAAGUUCUGUCUACAUGAGAAAAAGAAACAGAGAGAACUGAAGGCGGGAUGGGCACGGUGGACAGCCUGUCUCCAAGGGCAACCCAUAACUGCUGUCAGGAACUACUUUGGAGAAAAAGUGGCCUUGUACUUUCUGUGGCUGGGCUGGUACACAUUUCUCCUAAUCCCACCUGCUAUCAUCGGGAUCAUUAUCUUCCUCUAUGGCAUCUCCUACUACAAACACUCACCCCUCCUAAAUGAGGUUUGCAACUCCAACACAACCAUGUGUCCACUUUGUGACAAGGGUUGCAAAGAGUGGAAGCUCAAUGACACCUGCAUUUAUACCAAGGUGACCUUACUGUUUGACAACGAAGGGACAGUGUUCUUUGCGAUGUUCAUGGCAAUAUGGGCAACACUGUUUUUGGAGUUCUGGAAGAGACAUCGUGCUACCUAUGUGUGUGAAUGGAAAGUGUCUGAUUGGAGUGAGGAAGAGGAGGAACUGAUCCUGGAACUUGUGAAUGAUGUCAACUGUGAACCAAAAAAAUUUAAGCACUCCUAUUGGACCAGCAGUCUGAUUUUUAUCUGUGUAACAAUUAUGAUAUUAGUGAUCAUCAGCCUAACGAGUGCUGUGGUGGUGUUCAGGGUGAUUGCAGCAGAUUUUUUGGCAAAGUACAAAUUGAAAUCUUUAAGCCACCACUCCAACAUAUCUGUGAUGGUGCUCGGGGGUUUCCUCCAUUACUUCAUCAUCACUAUCAUGACACGGGUAAAUUGGAUUGUGGCCAGGAAGCUCUGUGACAUGGAGGAGAUAAGGUCGUUUGCUUCCACUGAAAAGAGCUUCACAGUCAAAAUGUUCACCUUCCAGUUCUUCACCUAUUUCACCUCACUGUUUUAUGCGGCCUUCAUUCUUGGCAGGAUAAAUGGCCGUCCUGGGAAUUAUGUAAAAAUUGCAGGCCGUUGGAGACUUGAGGAAUGUCACCCUACUGGUUGUCUGACCGACCUGUUUAUCCAAAUGACCAUUAUCAUGGUACUAAAGCAAACCAUCAGCAAUGUCUUUGAGUUCACUGGACCCUGGUUAUGCCGGUUGUGGAAAGGAAAAAGAACCCAGAAACUACAGAGGAAAUGUGCUCACUGCUAUCUGAAAGAUGACUCAGACACUAAAGAUGGGGAUGAACUUUGUGAAAACUGCAAGCUCCGAGACUGGCUAAGCAACUACCGCCUAAAUGAUGUCGACUCAUUUAGCCUGUUCAGAGAGUUUUUGGAAAUGGUGAUCCAGUUCAGCUUUACCACCCUGUUUGUGGCAGCCUUUCCUCUCGCUCCUCUGUUGGCCUUCAUCAAUAAUGUCAUAGAGAUACGUCUGGAUGCCAUUAAGAUGGUCACUCUCGAGCGGAGGAUGGUUCCCAAGAAAACCAACAAUAUUGGUGUGUGGCUAGAUAUACUAGAGGCUAUUGGUGUCUUAGCAGUCAUUGUCAAUGGGCUGGUCAUUGGUGUAUCCUCGGACUUCAUCCCCCGACUUGUGUACCGUUAUCACUACGGCCCGUGUGCCCAAGGCACAACUGCACCAGAUACUGAUUGUAUGGUGGGUUACAUCAACAACACUCUCUCCAUUGCCCCAUUUCUUCGUGUGAAUGGUUCAUAUAAAUACAGCGAGAACAUCCCUCCUGGUGAAGAGCCUUUCUUGUGCAGAUAUAAGGACUACAGGAGCAAAGAUGACUACACUCAUACCCAUCAGUUCUGGAUCAUUUUAGCUGCGCGCUUUGCGUUCGUCAUCUUGUUUGAGCAUGUUGUUGUCAUAUGCAAGUUCAUUGCAGCCUGGUUUAUACCGAGUGCUCCCAUGGAAGUGAAGAACUGUAGGCUCUCAGAUAAACUCAAGAGGCUAAAAGAGGAACUCCAAUCAUUUGAAGCAUGACGGUGUAAACGGGAUACAUGUUACCCGAACAACACAAACCCAGUGUUGACUUGUGCAUUAAAGUCUCCAGACUACUGCAGUGUUGCGUCAACUUCAAGGUUCUUAAUCAUCUCUCUGAGGAGCUCAGAUGGAGGCCUGUGGCUGGAUUGUCAUCCAUUAAAAGGACUGUAAAGGCAAUUUGUCUUGAAGAAAACCAGUGUACAGCAGCUGAUGUUACUGACCGCAACUUUCACGAGAUUAUUCUUAUUCUGCAUUGAGAAUCCACCACUUGCUUGCUGUAGAAACUCCAUAUAUACGAGCCUGUGUUUUGUAUUGAAAGACUAAAGAUAAUUUAUACUGAUACUGUAAACGGGGUGUUGACUGUGUUAUGCCUUAAUGUAUACUGUUUUACACAAAAAGCGCUGUGAUGAUUGUUGCUUUACUACAGGCAGAAUCCAAUUGUGUAUUUUGUAACUCAGAUGCAAAAAUGUUUUGCUUUAUAACAUUUUAUAUCAUUAAAUACAAA